ACUUCACAUGAGCUUGAGAAACUUCACAAAAAGAAAUCUUUUCCCUUUUCUCCCAAUGGCUACAGUUCUUAGAUCGCUUCUUCAUUUUCUGAUGCUUCUCUAUGUUUCCAAUACUCUGUUGGGCCUGGCUCAAGAUGAAGACCAAUUCAUCUACAAUGGCUUCAACCAAGCCAAGAUCGCAGAAAUCCACCCCAAUGGCCUGCUGCAGCUAACCGACCUUUCAAACAACCAAGUUGGUCAUGCUUUCUACCAAGUUCCUAUAAAAUUCAACACAGCUUCAUCUCUUUCAUUUUCUACCAACUUUGUGUUUGCCAUGGUUCCUAAAUUCCCAACUGAAGGUGGUUUAGGAAUCGCCUUCACCAUCAGUCCCUCGAGGAACUUCACCCAUUCUGGAGAAAAUUGGUAUCUGGGGCUCUUCAAUCGCUCAAGUAACGGCUCUCCUGCAAACCACAUCUUGGCAAUCGAGCUUGAUCCUAGUUCGAACAAAGCAUUUGGAGAUAUUAAAGUGAAUCAUGUGGGAAUCGAUGUGAACGGCUUGAAAUCGAAUGAAUCAGCUCCUGCAAUGUAUUUUUCCAAUAAGGAAGUGAAGAAUAUAAGCUUGGAUCUCCUGAGUGGGAAUCCAAUGCAUCUUUGGAUAGAUUAUGAUGAAGCGGAAAAGUUACUCAAUGUAACACUCGCCCCGACAACAAUUUCAAAACCGGACCGGCCUCUCUUGUCAACACCCAUUGAUCUGUCUCAAAUUCUUUUGGAAUCCAUGUAUGUUGGUUUCUCUGCAUCCACGGGUGGAGUUUCAAGUUACCAGUACAUUCUUGGAUGGAGCUUUAAUAGAAGUGGGUCAGCACAAAGCCUUGAUGUUUUAAGCCUUCCUCAAAUUCCACGACAGAGGAAAAUGAAAGCGAAACCAGAACCGAUGAUCUUGGCUUUUCUCAUAGCAGUAGCAGUUUUUCUGAUAACGGUCCUUGGAGCUGCUUACAUUUGGAGAAGGAAGAAAUAUGAAGAAAUACGAGAAGAUUGGGAAGAGGAGUAUGGCCCCCACAGGUUCAGCUACAAGAAUCUCCACAAAGCAACCAAAGGUUUCAAAGACACGGAGGUUCUAGGAGAAGGAGGUUUUGGAAAGGUUUACAGAGGAAUACUUCCUUCGUCUAAUAUACUAAUUGCAGUAAAGAGAAUCUCCCAUGAUUCCAGACAAGGGAUGAAGGAAUUUGUGGCUGAGAUCGUUAGCAUGGGAAGGUUGAGGCAUAGGAACUUGGUGCAGCUUCUUGGCUAUUGCCGGCGAAGGGGGGAACUCCUCUUGGUGUAUGAUUAUAUGCCCAACGGAAGCCUUGACAAGUUCUUAUAUAGCAAUGAAAAUCCAAACCUUAACUGGGUUAAACGAUUUAGAAUCAUUAGAGGAGUAGCGUCUGGCCUUCUUUACCUCCAUGAGGAGUGGGAGCAGGUUGUUCUACACCGAGAUGUAAAAGCAAGCAAUGUUCUAUUGGAUGCUGAAUUAAAUGGAAGGCUAGGAGACUUUGGCCUUGCCAGAUUAUACGACCACGGCACCAAUCCCCAAACAACCCAUUUGGUUGGGACUGUGGGUUAUUUGGCUCCGGAGCUUACUAAAAUAGGAAAGGCAACCACUGGCACUGAUGUGUUUGCUUUCGGGGCUUUCAUGCUCGAGGUGGCUUGUGGGAGGAGGCCUAUAGAGGUACGGGAACUGCCUGGACGGGUUAGUUUGGUUGAUUGGGUCUCUGAGUGCUGGAGAAAAGAAGUUAUCCUUGAUGCUAGUGAUCCCAGAUUGGAAGGUAAUUAUGUGGUUGACGAAAUGGAAUUGGUUUUGAAACUAGGCCUGUUUUGCUCACAUUCAAUGCCAGAAGCUAGGCCUAGCAUGAGGCAAGUGAUGCAGUUCUUGGAUGGUGAUGCUAAACUGCCGCAAUUACCACAUGACAGUGCUUUUGGUGCAUUUUCAAGUUAUGGAUCAUCUGAUUUCAUGUCAUUUCCUUUUACCCAGGCUUCUGCUCCUUCCAUGUCUACAACUGAUUCAAUCCUGAAAAGUGGUCGUUGAAUAGGGUGUAUCAUGCUUUGGGUAGACGAAGUCAGAGUGCAUCACCAUCAAAGUUCUGGAUUAUCAUCAUCAAAGUUCUGGAUUAUCAAUAUAUUAUGAAGCUUGUUGAUGUCAAGAGUAUCAUGUUAUCAAUUGUUUUCCUUAUUUCCUUAUCCCUUAGUCUGCUGCUUAAGGAAAACAUGUCUGCUUCUCAUCCUUUAUUGCUCUGUCUCUGUUGAUCACCUGCUUUAUGUUUAUCCAAUAAGUCGGUAGAUCAUUUUUGGGUAGUGUUUGCUGAAACCAGAUUGAGUGGUUCAUCAAGUUUUUUUACUCUGUACAAGUUUUUCGUUUUUUUUU